AUAAUUUAUGUAUACUGCCACGUAGGAAAACACUGUUCAUUAUUGAGCGUUCCUUUAACUAACAAGAUUUUUGUAACGAGAUCUGUGAAAUAUAAAGUUUAAUAAAGGUAAAUUUAAGCUUCACGACGGAGAUGGUUAUUCGUUAUGGCACUUAAAGUUUAUGGAGAAAUAAUCAUUAAUGAAGUUUGAUGAAAUGAAAAAAUAAUGAUGUCCCUGUUGUUUUUAAUGUUCUUCAAGAUGCGGUGUUUUUUGUGAUCAGAUGGUGAAGGACGGGCAACGCUGUUAAAUGACGAUGAAAAUUAUGAUGAAAGUUUGAUGAAUUAAAGAAAUUUCAUAAUACUCACGUUCAAAAGGUAUACAUAUACUUUAUGAUGGAGAUAUUCUUUGGUUUUAUCGCUGUUAUGUUUGCUUUCCUUUGGCUUUGCAAAACAAUCAUGAAAAAGUUCAAUGAAGAAGAAAAAAUAAAAACGUUAAAUGACGAUAAAAAACGAUGGUGUGUUUAUGGAAUUGCACUCAAUCAUAUUUUUAUCCCAGCUGUUCAACCUUAUCUUAAAAAAACUAUUUCAAAGGAGUAUCAUGAUUUAAAAGAAUCUCAUAAUAUUCAUGUUCAAAAGAUUCACAACUUUCCUUCACCUUACGAUCCACAUUACAAAAAUAUCAACAAUAAUGAAAAAAAGGAUAAGGAAAACUUUGAUUAUAAAAUUACAUCACAUGUCGACUUUGGAAAACUUUUCCUUCAAAACUACAUGGCAAAGUUCAAUAGUUACGACUGUUGUGACGCAUCAGCAGUGCUUAAUUUACUAGAAAGGUUCCCAAUUUCCGAAAACCUGGUCCAGAAUGCGGCAAAAAUUGUUAGAGAAAAUAGAAAUUCUUGGGCUCACUGCAAAUUUAAUGAAUGGAACGAAACAGAUUUUCAUCAGAAAAUAGAAAAUAUGAAGCAACUUGUGAAGCAAUUGAGUUUAGGAACUGAAGAAAAAGGAGUCAUGAAUGAUUUAAAUUAUUGGAAAGAUCAAGCUUUGACAUUGUGGACAAACAACCGUGCUUCACGCGAAGAAUUGAAAGAACACAUUAACAGUCUUUCAAAGGAAAUCGAGGAAUCAAAAUUCGAAGAUGAAGCUUGCAAAAAAUUAUUGCGAGAGACGCUUAACAAGUUUUCACAUUUCAUGAAAGAAAUUUUGCAGAUUAAAAGACGUGUAGAUGAAGUUGAAGGUAAACAAAAAGUAACAAGCGAAAGAGUUGAUGAAGUUGCAAAUGAACAAAGUAAAACAAGCGAAAGAGUUGAUGAAGUUGCAAAUGAACAAAGUAAAACAAACGAAAGAGUUGAUGAAGUUGCAAAUGAACAAAGUAAAACAAGCGAAAGAGUUGAUGAAGUUGCAAAUGAACAAAGUAAAACAAGCGAAAGAGUUGAUGAAGUUGCAAAUGAACAAAGUAAAACAAGCGAAAGAGUUGAUGAAGUUGCAAAUGAACAAAGUAAAACAAGCGAAAGAGUUGAUAAAGUUGCAAAUGAACAAAGUAAAACAAGCGAAAGAGUUGAUGAAGUUGCAAAUGAACAAAGUAAAACAAGCGAAAGAGUUGAUGAAGUUGCAAAUGAACAAAGUAAAACAAGCGAAAGAGUUGAUGAAGUUGCAAAUGAACAAAGUAAAACAAGCGAAAGAGUUGAUGAAGUUGCAAAUGAACAAAGUAAAACAAACAAAAAAGUUGAAAAACUUGAGCAAAUAAUUCAAUCAAUGAUUGAAAAUCGACAACAAAUUACAAAUACUCAAACAUCCAUUGCAAUAAACCAGCCUCACCCAAGCACAAAACAUGAAUUGCAGUUGCAAGAGUGGAAAUACUUGGGUGAAUCAACAAAACAUAGAAACCUUUUGUUGAAAUUGUGUGAUCACAAAGACGAGAUCAAACUUCUGGGCGAUGUACGUGUAAUUUUCUCAAGGGAGUUCUGCAUCGGUGAAGGAAGUAAUGACACCCGUGUUUAUCUUGGACUGAAAAAGGAUGGUUACGGUAAAGCAGUGAAACGCAUACUUCGAGAAAACUGGAUCAUGUAUGCACAUCAAGAAAAGAAAAUUUUAAAUGAAUUCAACGUAAAGAACUCAAAAUAUGUCGUAAAGUAUUCCUCCUUUGAAGAGGAUACAGGAACGGACUAUGUUUAUUUAAUAUUAGACUUAUACGAAGAAUCAUUGGAGAGUUUUGUCAAUUCUUCUACUUUGAAUGACCUUCAAAAAGUUCUCCCCAAGAUUCUCAGACAAAUUUUACAAGGAUUAGCUGAUCUUCAUAGCGCCCCACAUCCUAUUCUUCAUAGGGAUUUGAAGCCUUCCAAUAUUCUCCGUGACUCACACAGCGAUUUUAUGAUAGCUGACUUUGGCAUUAGUCGAAUAUUGGAAGAUGACGCCAAAACAUUUAGAAACCUUGCUAACUUGGGACCUGAGUACUGGAUUGCUCCAGAAUCAUAUAAUGAAGGCGAAGACUCAGUUGAUAAAGCACGUUACAAAAAAGAGUCUGAUGUAUAUAAUGCGGGAAUGGUGGCUUAUUAUGUUGCAACAAAAGGGAGACAUCCUUUUGGAAAUAAAGUGUUUAGAUUGAGCAAUAUGCUGGCUGGAAACCCUGUUGGCUUGAUGGAAAUCAAAGAUGAAACACUGAAAGAUCUUCUGUCGUGGAUGUUAAGUCUAAAACCCGAAGACAGGCCAUCAGCCAAUGAGGCAUUAAAACACCCAUUUCUUAUGUCAGACGACGAGAAAUUUGACUUAUUAUGUAAAGUUGGAAACCAACAGCCGAUUAAGAGAAACGAUCCCAACUCAAUUGCCGUUCAACAAUUGAAUAGCGAAUUCUCAGAUUGGAAAAGUCAAAUGGAUGAUGAUGUGUAUGAUUAUUUUAGAACGAACGUGAGGAAUGAAAAGAUUCUUGAUUAUGGAUCUUCUUGGACAGAAUGCUUAAGACUUAUUCGAUAUAUUGGCAAACAUUGGAACGAUCGAACACAGCCAAGACCACAACCAGAACUAUUUUAUAAGAUUGGCGAUCCCAAGAACUAUUUUCUCAAAACAUUCCCCAAUCUCCCUGUUCGUGUGCACGCAGCUGUCAGGUCAGAUAAUGAAUUGAAAAACAAUCAAGAACUCAAGAACAUUUUCAACUUUAAUCUUUCAAAGAUGUAAAGUGAAAAAACUUUUUCAACCAACUUGGAUAAUACGUAACCCAAUUAACUGAUAUAACGUAAUUAAUUUCACCUAUGAUGACAGUGAGAUUUUACAAUCCAAAGUAAAGGAUGAAAAAUCACGUGGUCAUUACUAAUGUACAAAAUUGUUAACUUGCUCAAAUAUUCUUACUUUCGUGAUUAAAGGAAAAUGUGAAAUCUUAAAUUUCAUAAAUUUGAAGGUCUAAGGCUGUAUCGUUAUGAUGUGAAAAGAUUAGUUGGACUUUGUUUUCUUAACGAAAAACCGAUAUGAAUAAAAUCUUGUUUUCAAACAUUCUUUUCAAUGUGGAAUCAAAACAUCAAUCGUUUUGAAAGACAGAGUAUCCAAGAAAAAUUUAUUAAAUGAUUUUCUGAUCAUAUCUUUCAGUAGUUUUGCAAACAUUAUAACUGAGGUUGUUCAUAUAGCCAGCUUAAUGACUAAGGGAGCAUAUUCAUAAAAUGAAAGUUUUUCUGCUGGUUAAAAUGCGCAAAUGUUGGCGGAUAUUGAGUUGUAUAGAUUAUUAGAUAUAUGUCUCCCGUUGAAAAGAUACCUUCCCAAACUGUUGAUCACUACCGUCAAGGACGUCACCUGUUGUUGAUACUUUUUUUCUUAUAUUUUUUGUGCUUUUCAAUUUCAGAAAAUUACAGCAAAAUAAAAACUAGCUUUCAUUCACUUUUUAAGAAUUUAUGCUAAUGCUUAAAAAAUUGUUUUUAGAUGAUUGUUGCGAGUUGAGACCAUCAUUAUUAUUUGUGGUUCUAUUUCAGAAAAACAUAAUGAAAAAACUACCUUUUUUACACUUUUUAACAAUUUAUAGCAAUGUUUAGAAAAUCGUUUUGGGACAAUUAUUGAUGUUGUUGAUGUGAAAGAGUCAUUUCGUUCGGAGAACCCGUGGACAUUAAGUGAAAAAAAAUUUUUUAUUCCAAUCAAAUAUCACCCACUACGACUUAACCCACCCGUCGUAUUGAAAAAAGUCAUCUUAACGACAAUCUUCAACAUCAAAUUAAUCAGUGAACAUUGCUAUAAAUGUAAUCAUUUACUUGUUGAUAUAAUUCUAGAUAUUUGUAGCAUAAAUAAACAAUACUAUAAGAACCAUGUUUAUAUGAAAGGUUAGACAGAACUUGACGAGUCUUUGUCACUUACCAAACAACAGUUGGGAUCCAACCAAAGACGAAAUGUUUUUCGACACGUAAAUCAUUCUUCAUUUCCGACAAAAAAAUAUGAAAAGCUGAUAUUACAUCACAGACUUGUCUUUAAACAGAAAAUUAUCAAAUAUUGCUACCCUACCCCUACAAAAAUAAGUAAAACGUUUCGUUUAAACAAACUUCAGGUUUCGUCUCUUCAUUAAUAAACAGACCUUAAUUUAGAAAUUGUAAAUGUCAGUUAAGAUAAAAAUGUUGUUGUAAGUAAAAGUAAUCCAAACAUUAACUGGUCAUAAAUUACAUUAUAUUUUAUGAUGUUUGCAUAAAGAUCAUCUAAAUGACUGGAACUUUUUAUAGCAACAAGUGUUUAGCCAUGUAAUAAUCUUUUAGCAUUUUGUAGACAAUUUAUUUAGUGGAUUAAGAAGGAUAUUAAAUAAAGUAUCAACCUCAAA